AUGAAGCUCAUCACUCUCCUCGGUCUGGGUCUCCUCCCCUUUGCUGCCGCCCAGUCUUCUACCUCUCUCGGUCCGGCUCCGACCGAGUCGUAUGGCUGCGAGCCUCACGGUGACCACUACCACUGCGAGGGAGCCGUGAGCGAGACGGCCACCUCCUCGGCCACGCCCGUCUCUUCGUCCGUCUCGGCCACUGCCACCAGCGAGCAUGAUCACGAUCAUGACCAUGACGACGGGGAGACAUCCGGUACCCUUGCCCCCAGCCCUACCGAGUCGACUGGCUGCGAACCCCACGGUGACCACUGGCACUGUGACGCUGCCGUCUCCGAGACGGCCACCUCGGACUCUACCCUUACCGAGACUUCUACCGGUGCUGCCGUCUCCGGGACGUCCGAGACGACGGCUGACCCUACCUCUGCUACCGCUACCGAGACUUCUACUGAUGCUGCCGUCUCCGAGACGUCCGAGACGACGGCUGACUCUACCCCUACCGAGAGUCCCACCGGUGCUGCCGUCGCCAACAUGAUCCCCCUCGUCGGUGCUGUCGUCGCCGCCGUCGUGGCUUUUUAG